UUCCCCUGGGGCGGCUCCUGGACGAGCUCGUGGUGCCCCCAAACAUGAUCGGCGUGAUCCUGGAGGUGCCGGUGACGGAGCCGGAAUUCCUGGAGCAGCUGCGGGAGCUGAACGGGAAGAUCGAGGCGGUGAAGGAACAGGCCUUCCGAGACACCCUCGCCUGUGCCGACGUCCAGCACGUCCUGGAGAAGCUCAAGGUCAAGGUGGGAACCCCCCCGGGAUUCCUGGGAAUGCUCGGGAUUCCUGGGAAUGGCUGGAAUUCCAAGGAAUGGCUGGAAUUCCAAGGAAUGGCUGGAAUUCCAAGGAAUGGCCAGGAUUCCAAGGAGAACCCAAAAAACCAGUGGGAGGGGACUGGGAG